CUCGUCGUCCUCGUCCUCGUCGUCCUCCUCGCUGGGCCCGUCGGAGCGGACGGCGCUGGCGCGGGAGCGCUUCAAGGUGGUCUUCGCGCCGCUCAUCUGCAAGCGGACCUGCCACAAGGGCCAGUGCCGCGACAGCUGCAAGCCCGGCAGCAACAUGACCCUCAUCGGCGAGAACGGGCACUCCAUGGACACCCUCACGGGCUCCGGCUUCCGCGUGGUGGUUUGUCCUCUGCCCUGCAUGAACGGUGGCCAGUGUACAUCCGGGAACCAUUGCUUGUGCCCGCCGGAGUUCACAGGCCGCUUCUGCCAAGUGCCAGCAGGCCGCCAUGGCCAUGGCCAACAGGCCAGACUCCUAAGCGAAGGCCUCCCCAUGGAGACCGGCUCCAGCAAACACGCCAUCUACGCGGUCCAGCUCAUCUCGGACAGCCACGGUGACACUCCCUCCGGCCCCGGCUCGAAAGGCACCGUCAGCCACUCCACCUUUAUGGUGCCCCUUGGACCAGGGCAGCAUUCGUCCGAAGUUCAGGUGCACCAGCCGCUGGUCAACGUCCGGGUCCAUCAUCCCCCGGACGCCUCGGUGCAAGUCCACCGGAUCGACAGCCUCAGCUCGGAGGGUGGCGGGCCGGGCAGCCAGCAGCACCUGAUCCAGCACCCGGCCCCCAAACCCGCCUACACGAGACCCCCCACCCAGAAGCCCCUCGGACGCUGCUUCCAGGAGACGAUGCCCAAGCAGUCGUGUGGAAGCAACCCUCUUCCAGGCCUCACCAAGCAAGAAGACUGCUGUGGAAGUAUUGGCACUUCCUGGGGCCAGAGCAAAUGCCACAAAUGCCCCCACCUGCAGUACGUGGGGGUUCAGAAAACGUUGGGGAGCGACUGCCCACAGGGAUACAAGCGACUGAACAGCAGCCACUGCCAAGACAUCAAUGAGUGUGCCAUGCCGGGAGUGUGCCAGGGGGGAGAGUGUUUGAACACCCAAGGGAGCUUCCGCUGUGCAUGUAAACCAGGACAGGUCUUGGGGCCUUCCCGGACCCAUUGUGUGCCGGAGAAGGCUGGCGAGAAGAGUUUGUGUUUCCGGCUGGUGAGUGCUGAGCACCAUUGCCAGCACCCGCUGCCCACCAAGCUGACCCGCCAGACCUGCUGCUGUAGCGUGGGCAAAGCCUGGGGGGCGCAGUGUGAGCGGUGCCCGGCCGACGGGACGGCUUCUUUCCGAGAGAUCUGCCCCGCGGGAAAAGGCUACCACAUCUUGACCUCGCACCAGACCCUGACGAUCCAAGGCGAGAGCGAAUUCACCCUCCAGAUCCACCCGGACGGAACCACCGACUUGCAGCAACAGCAGCAGCAGCAGCAGCAGCAGAUGGAGCUGCCUACCCGCGCGCCUCCAGGCAGCGACUCCCAAGAGCCAGAAGCCAUCACUCCAGCUGCGUUGCCCAGCUACGUGACGACGUCGGAGGAACAGUUGGUGUUCUUCGUCAACACCCCCACCUUCGGGCCCCGUUACCCUGCCGUGGUCCCCAAGCCCACGACGGCAGUCCUGGUGAAGUAUCCCGAGGACGACAAGACCGUGGACGAAUUUGGCAUUUCCGCCACACAGGAGACAGAGACAGACAUCUGCAAAGUAAACCGUAACAUCUGUGGCCACGGUGAAUGCAUCCCGGGAACGCCCGUGCACACGUGCCAUUGUAACCAAGGAUAUCGCUGGCAUCCUCAACUCAGGUAUUGCGUAGACGUAGACGAGUGCGACAUGGAUCCCUGCGGCAAAGGCAAAGGAGUGUGUAUGAACACCGGUGGCUCGUACACCUGCCACUGCAACCGUGGCUACCAGCUGAAGGUCCACAAGGGAGUCCGGUCCUGCAUGGAUAUCGACGAAUGUUCAAAGCCCAACGUCUGCGGGGACGGCGGCUCCUGUAUCAACUUCCCGGGACACUACAAGUGCGAAUGCCACUCGGGCUACCGGCUCAAGUCGUCUCGCCAGCCGCUCUGUGAAGAUAUUGACGAGUGCCUUGACCCUGGGACCUGCCCCGACGGGAGGUGUGAAAACAGACCUGGCACCUAUAAAUGCAGCCCCUGCCAGCCAGGCUUCCGGGGCCAGAAUGGCGUGUGUUACGAUGUGGACGAGUGCUCUGAAGACGGUGCCUGCAAGCACGGCUGGUGUGAAAACAUGGCCGGAACUUUCCGCUGCACCUGCGGCGAUGGAUUUGCUGUCGCACCCGAUUCCCGCAGCUGUCUUGAUGUCAACGAAUGUGAGAACGGUUCCCUGUGUGCCCAUGGUGUGUGUGUGAACACGCUGGGGUCCUUUAAGUGCCAGUGCCCCGUGGGUUUCCAAGCGGUGAAGGACGGGCCGCGCUGUGAAGACGUGAACGAAUGUGACUUUCCAGCAGCCUGUGUCGGAGGUGAAUGCCGCAACACCGUGGGUUCCUACCAGUGCCUUUGCCGGACGGGCUACCAGCUGGAGGGGGGCCGGAAGUGCCGAGACAUCGACGAGUGCGCGAAGAAUUCCGACCUCUGCCAGCCGCACGGGACAUGCAAGAACACCGACGGCUCCUUCGUGUGCACGUGCAACGAGGGAUACGCUCCUUCUGAAGACCAGAAGAGCUGCGAGGAACUGCCUCACGACAAAAGGGAGUGCUACCUGAACUUCGAUGACACCGUCUUCUGCGACAGCGUUCUCGCCACCAAUAUUACCCGCCAGGAAUGCUGCUGCUCUCUUGGAGCAGGCUGGGGAGACCACUGCGAAAUCUAUCCUUGCCCUGUACUCAACUCCAUUGAGUUCCACACUCUUUGUCCAGACGGCAAAGGGUUCAUCCUGGAUGAAACCAUCCUCAACUACGGCAUUCCGGCACACCGUGACAUCGAUGAAUGCGCUCUCUUUGGAGAAGAGAUUUGUAAGGAAGGAAAAUGCGUCAACACGCAGCCCGGCUACGAAUGUUACUGCAAGCAAGGCUUCUACUAUGACGGGAAUCUCCUGGAGUGUGUCGAUGUGGACGAGUGUUUGGACGAGUCAAACUGUGCCAACGGGCGCUGUGAGAACACCCGGGGCAGUUUCCGCUGUGCCUGCCCAGCCUUGACCACGUAUGACCCCGUCCAAAAGAAGUGUAUGGCGCCCGCUGUCCUCGACGUGGACGAAUGCCAGGAUCCCGGAGUGUGCAAACUUGGCCGUUGCACCAAUACCGUCGGCUCCUUCACUUGCAAAUGCCACCCUCCCUUGACCGUGGACCCCAGCGGGAAGGAGUGCCAGCUUCCAGAGACGCAGGCAGACAGGGUGGCCGACCACCGGGACGUCUGCUGGCAGCUCCGAGGCGAGGACGGGAUGUGCUCCUCUCCGUUCAACGGCCACCAGCUCAGCUACGAGGAGUGCUGCUGCCGUUACGGCAAAGGGUGGGGGAACCAGUGCCACCCCUGCCCGCCGCGAGGCCCAGGCCUGAACUGCCAGUCCACUCCGAGCGAGAGUAACUCCUUCUGGGAUUUCAGCGCUUUGUUCGGCAAAAUGCACAAAGAUGCUGACAGCUCAGAAGAGGAUUCUGACGAAUGUCGCUGUGUGAACGGCCGUUGUGUCCGGACCCAGCAGGGUUUGAUCUGCGAGUGCCCGUCGGGCUUCCAUCUUGACACCACCCGCACCCGCUGCUUGGAUGUCGAUGAGUGCCGGGAGCUGAACCAACGAGGACUUCUGUGUAAGACCGAACGUUGUGUGAACACCAGCGGUUCUUAUCGUUGCAGCUGCAAGUCAGGCUACGUCCGGUCCCGGUCUCUUGGGAUUUGCAUUCCCCAGCGCCAGCGGUAGCCUGUAGCAUGCACCAGAGGAUGGAGUGGGGAAGAAAGGGAAAAUGAGCUCAUGAGUACCAAUUUCCUCACUCCUCCUCUGCCCAUGUUGAGCCUCUUCAGGCUGAUCGCUAUUGGAAACUGGAUACUGGGGCAGGAGGACCUUUUCGUUUGGAUCCAGCAAGACGGUUCUUUAAAGACUCUCUUCUUCUUCUUCUUCUUCUUCUUCUUCUUCUUCUUCUUCUUCUUCUUCUUUUUGUACCGGCUACGAUGAAGGGGCAUUGAUAUUUCUUAUAGGUUCCCUACCUAUCCCUGUUUUUUCCUGCUCCCUAACACACCGGAUGUUUAUCGUUAGGGUUAAAAAGAAAACUGCAUUUGGUUUGCACUUGUUUCUGUAGGAUUCAGAAAUAAAACUCCUUUUUUGUACAUAAUAGAUGUUGGUGGGGAAACAAACAAACGAACUCCAAAGUUAAUCUGCUAAUUAAAGAAAAAGAAAAGAAGGAACAACCUAUAAAAAUGGUCGGUGUCUGAUUCUGAUUUUAGCGACAAUCUGCAGGGAGCAUCAGACACCCUGAUGAUGCGCGUUAAUUGAAUAACACGUUGCAGUGCUUCUAAUGUGCUCCUUUGAACUCCUUGGGGAAAUAUUCUUAUAUACUAAUAUUAAAUUUAUUCUUCAAUGGAGACUCGAAGUGAUUGAGAUAUUCCAACUUCCAUCUAGACCCUUCGUUUACCCCGCCCCAGUUCCGGAAUGCGGGUUCUUCUUUGCUGUUGUCUGAACAGGAAAUGUGCACAUUUG